AUGUCGGGUGGCAGAGGUCGCGGAUCGCAGUCCGGUAACAAGCUGAAGAUGACUCUCGGUCUUCCAGUCGGCGCAGUCCUGAAUUGCUGCGACAACUCGGGCGCCCGUAACCUCUACAUCAUCUCGGUCAAGGGCUUCGGCGCGCGUCUCAACCGCCUCCCCGCCGGCGGCGUCGGCGACAUGGUCAUGGCGACCGUCAAGAAGGGCAAGCCGGAGCUGCGCAAGAAGGUCAUGCCGGCGGUCAUUGUGCGGCAGAGCAAGCCGUGGCGGAGAGCGGAUGGCGUCUACCUGUAUUUUGAGGACAAUGCGGGUGUGAUCGUCAAUCCGAAGGGUGAUAUGAAGGGUUCGGCUAUCACUGGUCCUGUGGGUAAGGAGGCUGCUGAGCUUUGGCCGCGUAUCGCCUCCAACUCCGGUGUCGUGAUGUGA